CUGAAGAAACAGCAUUGAAAUUUGCUGAUACUUUAAGGGCAGAUUAGCAAAUUUAUUUCAUUGAAAGCCUAUGCUUUUACAAGAAGAAAUGAAAUAUUAUUACACAGUUCAAGAGUCUUCUUUCUAAGCAGGAAUUCUCAGGACUGCUCUGAAGAGUGGCAAUAUAUCUUUGAAAUGACUGACCCGACCCCAAAGAUCAAUGACUGGACCAAAGAACGUGUCAAACAAUGGGCAACAGAAGAACUCAAUAUUGAUGAAAAAUAUGGACAGAUCCUACUUUCUCAAGAAGUGACAGGCUUAGUAUUAAACAUCUUAACCAAGGAGGAUCUUAUGGAUAUGGGUAUACCACAUGGGCCGGCUCUCUUGAUAAUGCGCACUUAUGAAAAAUUGAGGAACAUUCCAACAGAAAGUCCUGUUCAGAGAUUGGGAAAACAAGAUAUCUUGAAAACUCCUAGAAAGGAAAACAGAACAAGGGCAAAACACAAAACAGGAAAUACAGAAGAGGCAAUUUCAAUCACCAACUCUCAAGACAGUACAAAUUCCAAAUGUACUCAAGAAUCAAAGCUCACUACAGAAAACAUAUUAGAUGAUGCAAAAGAUACAAAGGGCAAAGUAAAGCCUGAGCCAGAACCCAAAAGAUGCUCAUGUAUGCCAUAUCCUUUUGACAACUUCCAUGACAACCAUCGUUAUACACAGCAUUAUAUUUUGCAGCCAGAAACAGGACCGCUAAAUCUCAUUGAUCCAGUCCACGAAUACAAGGCAUUGACUAAUACUGAGACAGCAACUGAGGAAGACAUCAAAAUGAAAUUCAGCAAUGAAGUCUUUCGAUUUGCUUCAGCCUGUAUGAAUUCCCGUACCAAUGGCACUAUCCAUUUUGGUGUCAAAGACAAACCCCACGGAGAAAUUGUUGGGGUGAAAAUUACCAGUAAAGAUGCUUUUAUUGACCAUUUCAAUCGGAUGAUCAAACACUAUUUUGAGGAUAAUCAGGUCAAUAAAGCACGUAAAUGCAUUAGGGAACCCAGGUUUGUGGAAGUCUUACUACAGGACAAUACUCUAUCUGAUAGAUUUGUUAUUGAAGUCGAUGUCAUUCCUCAGUAUUCCAUAUGUAAAAAAACUACUUUCUCCAUCAAGAUGCAAAAUAAUAAAGACAAAAGGUGGAAAGAAGAUAUUGAAUGCUCGUUUUUUGUGAGGGAGGGAGCCAGCUCUAAAAACAUCAUGGCUAAUGUGAAGCAAAAUGAUGCAGAUUACAAAAUGUUUUUACUUAAUUUGGAUUCACUGGCAAAUUCCAGAAAAUCUGCAGAAGAAGAAUAUGGAACCAAAAGGAAGAUGAAGGAAAAUGAAGGGCCAAAGCUGGUGAAACUGCUCACAGGAAACCGGGACCUGUUGGACAAUUCCUACUAUGACUGGUACAUUCUGGUGGCUGGUAAGUGCCAUCCAAAUCAAACUAAGCAUCUGGACUUUCUAAAGGAAAUUAAGUGGUUUGCUGUAUUGGAGUUUGAUCCUGAAUCUCGGAACAAUGGGUUAGCAAAGUCUUACCUAGAGACCCGAGCAGCAAAUCUUCACUUUCCAUAUCAUUAUGAUGACAAAAUGAUCCAAAAUCCCGAUCAGUUGAAUCUUUAUCAACAGCCCAGCUGGAUCUUUUGUAAUGGUAGAACAGGUCUCGGAAGGAAGGAAGAUGAACCUUUAGACUCAUCUUUAUGGCAAAGAGAAAGAGCUUCUGAAGUCAGAAAACUCAUUUCAUUUCUUACACAUGAAAACAUAAUGCCAAGAGGGAAGUUUUUGGUGGUGUUUCUGUUACUCUCCCCAGUGGAAGAUCCAAGAGAUCCCCUCAUUGAAACAUUCUGUGCUUUCUACCAAGACCUGAAGGGAAUGGAAAACAUAUUGUGCAUCUGCAUUACUUCACAGAUAUGCCAACGAUGGAAAGAUCUUUUAAAAGCCAGACUGACAAUGGCAGAUGAACUCUCAGACCAAUGUAUUUCUACCUUAAGUCUUGAAAAGAUAAAUGGUACAAUUCUUAAAUUAAAAUCAAGGAUUCAUUCUUCACAAAGGUUUUUACCUUCAACUGGUUCAUCUACUGUUCUUCUGAAAAGGGAAGAAGAUUUCAUGAGUGCUCUAGAAAUCCUCUGUGAAAAUGAAUGUAAAGACACAGAAUUAGAAAAGGAUAACAAUAAGUUCCUUGAAUUCAUGAAAUCUCGAGAGGAACAUUUUUAUCGUGGUGGCAAAGUUUCCUGGUGGAACUUCUACUUUUCGUCUGAAAACUAUUCUUUACCUUUUAUCAAAAGGGACAGUUAUCAAAAACUUGAAGAGAUGAUUCUGCACUGGGCAGAUUCUCCUAAACAAAUUUGUGCCAAGAUUAUUAAUCUUUAUCACCAUCCAGGCUGUGGGGGAACUACAUUGGCUAUGCAUGUUCUCUGGGAACUAAAGAAUAGAUUGAGAUGUGCUGUGUUGAAAAACAAAACAACCACAUUUGAAGAAAUUGGAGAACAGGUGACCAAUUUAAUCACAUAUGGUUCAAAUGGCCAACAAGAUUAUUUACCUGUACUACUCCUUGUGGAUGAUUUUGAGGAACAAGAAAAUGUCUGUCUGCUACAGCACUGUAUACUCACAGCUGUAUCAGAAAAGGGUAUUCAAUAUGAAAAACCCCUAGUGAUCAUUUUAAACUGCAUGAGAUCCCAGAAUCCUAAAAAAAGUGCAAAAAAUUCAGACAGCAUUGCUCUGAUAAAUCAACUUUCUCCAAAAGAACAAAGAGCUUUUGAGGCCAAACUGAAAGAAAUUGAAGAGCAAUACAAGAACUUUGAAGACUUUUAUUCUUUCAUGAUCGUGAAAAAAAAUUUUGAUGAAAAAUACAUAGAAAAUGUCGUCAGGAACAUCCUGAAAGGGCUUGAAAAACUGAGCAAGGCAGCACAUCUCAUUUCCUUUCUGGCUCUGCUAAAUUCUUAUGUUGCUAAUUCCAUAAUCUCAGUAUCCCAGUGUGAGGCAUUCUUGGGAAUUGCAAACAAGAGGGCUUUCUGGGGCACUGAAUGCCUUGAGGACAAGAUGGGAACCUGUUCUAGCAUUUUGAUUCAAAUGGAAGUGGAGGAAAGAGGGAAGUACAAAGGUGUAAGGAUCACCCAUCCUCGGAUUGCCGAUCACUGUCUUGUAGAAUUGAAAACUACUUAUGGUUUGACUAAAAGUCAAAUCACACUAGAACUGUUACAAGAGAGCUUGUUUUAUGAUAUUGGAAUAGGAAGAGAUAAACUUUCUCAAGAUGUGGAAACCUUGUUGCUUACUAGACAGCGCAGGGAGCAUGGGGAUGAGACAGAUACUUUGUUUUCCCCCUUGAUUGAAGCAGUGCAGCAGGAAGAAGGUAAUGUUGAAGUUGUUAAGGUCUUGACAGAAGGAACUAUUCGCUUCCCCCAGAAUGCAUUCAUUUGUCAAGCCUUAGCCAGACAUUUCUACCUUAAGGAGAAGAACUUCCCCAAAGCUCUCAAGUGGGCAGAGAAAGCAAAAACAUGUGCACCCUGCAAUUCCUACAUCUCAGAUACAAUUGGUCAGGUCUACAAAAGUAAGAUAAAAUGGUGGUUGGAAGAAAAUGCAAGAAGUAAGACUAUUACUGUUCAUGAUCUAAGGAGUCUUCUGGAAACUGCUGAAAGAGCCUCCAAAGCCUUCAAAUUGUCUCAGGAGCAAAGUAAAGUGUUGGAAAAUGUCAGAGAGGAUUUGGAGUGUCAAAGGACAAAAAGGAGGUAUGAUUCAUACAAUACAGCAGGCUACAGAGGAGAGAUUGAAGUAUGUCUUUACACAAUCCAGAUUCUGCAGCUCACUUCUUUCUUUGGAAAAGAAGGUAAAGUGCGUAACAAACACAUGAUACAAUUUUUAUCUGGAAGUGGUGGUAUUCCCGGGGAUCCAAAUGAUGAAUAUCACUCAGUGCUUGAAGAGUUUAUUCCUUAUCUAAGUAACUUGCAGUCAGCUUUGAAAGAAGCCUUUGAUUUUUUUGAUGACUAUUUUGUCCUUCUCAAAUCCAAGAACAGCAUUAAGGAAAAUGAAGAGAUGAAACUUAGGAGAAAGGUGGCUGGAUUUUUCAAUAAGUAUGCAGAAGUAUUUGGUCCCUUAGAUCUGCAGCAAUCUCAAGACAAAAGAGCUAAAUCAAAACUUGUUUCCACAGUUCAAGUAGAAAACUGCAGGAAAAACCUGGAGAUUUUAAAAGCUGACAAGUUUUCUGGGUUAUUGGAAUAUCUUCUCAUUAAUCAAGAAAUUGCUGCCAAUAAAAUGAAAGAUAUCCUAAAUCUGUAUACUUAUCUACUGGAACAAUUGACCAACAAAAUCUAUUUGAGAGAUAAACAGAAUUUCAUUCUGGCCAACAUCAUUCUCAGUUGUAUAAAACCAGCUUCCAAACAGGUGCAACCCUUUCCCAAGCUAAAAGAACAGCUUCGAGAAGUCCUGCAGCAAGUAGGUUUUGAUCACAGAUAUUCAGAACCUUACUUUCUUGCCUCCCUGGUGUUCUGGCCAGAAAACCAACAACUGGAUUCAGAUUCUAGACAAAUGGAAAAGUAUGUUUUAUCUCUAAACAGGUCCUUCAGGUCACAGUACAAGUAUAUGUGUCACUUCAAGCAACCAAUUGCACAUUUUUACCUUGGAAAAAGCAGGGGUCUCAACAGGCUUGUGCACAAAAUCAAAAUCGAGCAGUGUUUUGGAAAGGUGGCAGAUAUGAAUACCCUAUGGCAGAGUGGAGAUGUUUGGAAGGAAGAAAAAGUCCAGAACCUUUUGCUACGAUUGAGAGGCCGGGCUGAAGGUGAACUCAUCUAUGUAGACUAUGGAAAAGAUGAAAAAAUCAAGAUCCCAGUGAGGCCUGUUUUCUUAGGUCGGCUACGCAGUGGCAGAAGUGUAGAAAAAGUAUCCUUCUACCUGGGAUUUUCCAUUGGAGGGCCACUUGCCUAUGACAUAGAGAUCAUUUAGGAACCUAAACUUUUUUCUUCUUGUUUGCUGAGGCUUCUUAUCUCAGUAUUAUUAGCUUUCAGUCUGAGAUCAGAAUUUUGUGGGGUUUGUUCUCCUCAUACUUUACCUCCUUCUGUUGUCUUAACUCCCAGAAUUAUACAAGACGCUGUCCAAAAAUGAUAUUACUCCUUUGCUACCAUUAAGACCUUCUGAAUUGUUCCCAAAUGUCUCUAGUAUGGAAAAUCUGGAAGAUCAUUAAAGAAAAGGGAAUUUU